GCCGCCGCCCGCAGCACAACCAGUCACCCGCAGGCCUGAGCCGUGGUUUCUCACACGGCGAAACUAGCGAACGCAGCGAGCGAGCAGCAGUGAUUGAGGCGUGGCUUGUCCGUGUGUGAGUGUGUGAGAAGGUUGUGUGAUACGCAGCGGCGAAAUCACGCAGUGAAAUCACACAGUGGACGCCACACAUUGGAGUGCAAACAGAGAUGUUAACCAGGUAGCUGAGUUACCGACCGGACCUCCAAAGUAACCGACCGGACCACCAAAAAGGAAGACAUGGAAUACGAAGCGGGUGACCUGGUGUGGUUUGACCCCGGGGUCGGCUACGUCCUCCCCGGCGAGGUCAUGGAGUACCACCGGCUCGGUCAGGUCGUCACCGUGCAGGCGGUCGUCAAUGGAGAGCCUCAGCUUUACACACUGACAAAUCUGGCCAACCUGAGGAAGAGGCAAGACCUCGGGCAGAAUGGCGUCGACGACAUGAUCUUGAUCGGGGACCUCAACGAAGCCUCAAUUCUCUGGAAUUUGAAGCUCCGCUACGACAAAGAGCUCAUAUACACCUACACAGGCAGUAUCCUGGUCUCCGUCAACCCGUACCGCAUGUUCGACAUCUACGGCCUCGACAUGGUGAAGCGGUACGAGGCGCAGCUGCUCGGGUCACUGCCGCCGCACAUAUUCGCCAUCGCCUCAUCAGCCUACAGCCGUAUGACCAAGGAGCGAGAGCAGCAAACCGUGAUCAUCAGUGGCGAAAGCGGCGCAGGAAAAACCGAAGCCACCAAGCUGAUCAUGCAGUACCUGGCAGCCGUGAACAAGUCGCCAUCCAACCUCAUAACUGAACAGAUCCUGGAGGCCACGCCGCUGCUGGAGAGUUUCGGCAACGCCAAGACGAUGCGGAAUGACAACUCGUCACGGUUCGGGAAGUACCUGGAGGUUUAUUUCAAAGAUGGUAUCAUCACCGGCGCUCGCACCACCGAGUACCUCCUGGAGAAAUCCCGCAUCGUCACCCACGCCCAGGACGAGCGCAACUAUCACGUCUUCUACGAGAUGCUGGCCGGUCUUAGUGAACAGGAUCGCAAGAAAUACGGCCUGCUCAGUGCCGAGCAGUACUUUUACCUGAACCAGGCAGGACAGAGCACGGGUGGAAGUGUUGAGAUUGACGGCAAGUACGACAAGGAAGACUUCCAGGCACUGCUCUCCGCCAUGCAGGUCCUCGGCUUCACAUCUGAGGAGAAUGACACUAUCUUCAAGAUUCUCGCGUCUGUACUUCACCUGGGCAACAUCUACUUCCAUCGCGCCCAGCUGAAGCACGGCCAGGAGGGCGUGGAGAUCGGAUCAGACGCCGAGGUGCGCUGGCUGGGACACCUGCUGGGCAUCGAGACCGACUGGGUGCGGCGAGCGCUCAUGACCAAAACCACGGAGGCUCGCAACGAGCGAGUCGUCACCCCUCUGAACAUCGACCAAGCGCUGGACGCGCGGGACGCCAUCUCCAAGGUUCUCUACAGCAGCCUCUUCAGCUGGCUCGUCCGUAGGAUCAACCAGAUCGUCUUCAAGGGCGCCAGGAAGAUGAGCAUCAGCAUCUUGGACAUCUUCGGCUUCGAGGAUUUCAAGGAGAACAGUCUGGAGCAGCUGUGCAUCAACUACGCCAAUGAGACUCUUCAGUUCCACUUCAGCAAGCACGUCUUCAAGCUGGAGCAGCAGGAGUACCUCAAGGAGAAGAUCGAGUGGCAGAGCAUAGCAUUCCAGGACAACUGGCCGGUGCUGCACCUGAUCAGCAAGAAGCCGGUGGGGAUCUUCCACCUGCUCGAUGACGAGAGUAACUUCCCCAAGGCGACCGACGCCUCUCUGCUGGAGAAACUCCACUACAACCACGCGCUCGAUGAGCUCUACAGCAGGCCCCGCAUGUCGUCGAUGGAGUUCGGCAUCCACCACUACGCCGGCCAGGUGUGGUACAACGUGGACGGCUUCCUCGACAAGAACCGCGACAUCCUAAGGAACGACGUGCUGGAGCUGCUCAUCAGCAGUGACGUGCCGAUGAUCUCUGAGAUGUUCAUCGAGCACCGGGCCCAGAGCGAGGCCGUGAAGAGCGGCAGCAAGUCCAACGGCAGGUUCGUCACCAUGAAGCCCAGGACGCCGACCGUGGCGGCCAGGUUCCACGAGAGCCUCCAGCAGCUCCUAGACUCGAUGAGCAAGUGCAACCCGUGGUUCAUCCGCUGCAUCAAGCCCAACUGUGAGAAGGCCCCGAUGAAGUUCGACAUGCCCGUGGUCCUGGAGCAGCUGCGCUACACGGGAAUGUUGGAUACAAUCCGGAUCAGGAAGAUGGGGUAUCCAGUGCGGAUGAGGUUCGCGCAGUUCGCGGAGAGAUACCGCUCUCUCCUGCCGGAGAGAGUGGCGAGAGGAGCACCGGCGAGAGAUCUGGCCAGGAUGAUCCUGGAGGGCAGUCCCGAGUGGCAGACCGAGUACCAGUUGGGCACCUCCAAGGUCUUCCUGCGGGAGAGCUUCGAACAACAGCUCGAGAGGCGCAGACUGCGGGUCGAGGCUGAGGCAGCCAUCAAAAUCCAGAGAAACGUACGUCGGUACCAGGCGGAGAAGCGGUACCUCCGGACCCAACAGGCCGCCGUCAAGGUACAGAGCUACUACCGCAUGUACCGGGACAGGAAGAGGUACCGCACCGUCCGAAACGGCAUGGUCAAGGCCCAGGCCAACUUCCGCAUGAAGCGGCAACAGAAACGCUUCAGCGAGAUGAAGGGUGAGAUGAAGCGCCGCAUGCUGGCCGAACGGGCUGCCAGGGCGCGGGCCAAGACCUCUGGUGAACGGCGUGACAACGAGAGGGGUGUCUCGAGAGCGGUGGCCGGUGUCAACCACCUGGAGAUUCCUGCGGACCUGGCGUUCAUCUUCAGUCGGCUGGAUGACUGGCACCCAGCCCACACGGACCGCAACCUGAUGAAGAUCGGAGCCCAGGUGGACCCGCCCGAGGAGCGCUUCAACCUGCCGCACGACAUCGACUACCACGCCUUCACAAAGUUCACCAACAUCUACUUCAAGGCACACCUCUGGGGCAUGAAGCGGGAGCCGAUCCGUACUCCAUUCCUGGCUAAAGCCAAGGAGUCCGACUACCAGGAGUCCCUGGCCCUGUUCAAGCUGAUUUUGCGCUUCAUGAACGACAACAGCCUCAACGAUGCUAGAGAGAAGGCGCUGGGGGACUACAUCGUCAACAAGGGUCUCACCAACGAGAAACUGCGUGACGAGAUCCUCUGUCAGCUCUGCAACCAGACAUGGAAGAACGACAAUGAGGCCAACGCGGAGCGAGGCUGGCUCCUCAUGUCCAACUGUCUGUCAGUAUUCCCGCCCAGUGACAACCUUUACAAGUACCUGCUCAAGUACGUGUCAGACCACGGUCAGAACGGUUACGCCGCCGACUGCCAGAAGAAGCUGCUGCGCUCACCUCCUGACGGCCGACUGAGUCGGGUCUACCCGCCCACACUACUCGAGUGGAGGUGCAACCGUAAGAAGCAGCAGAUGGCCCUGGAAGUCUCCUGUGCGGACGGACACACGUGUUUCGCUCCUGUGGAUUCCUGGACUACAGGCGAGGAGCUCGCCGCCUAUGUCCUGGAAAACCGUGGUAUCGGCAGCACAUUCGGUUGGACCGCUCAAAUGACCGACGAGGGGGACCUAUACGAACUGAGCGGUGCGGAUUAUGUGAUGGAUGUGAUCGGAGAGACAGAACUGCCACCGGGCUUCCCGGCCGGCAGGAGUGGGUUCAUGGUCAGCGAGCGUGCAGGAUCGGGGAAGCAGAUGAUUUCUAUGGAUCACCAGAGCUCACCACCAGCCAAUCGGAAAGAGUCCAUUAACAGUAUCGGACAGCUCUAUGCUAAGCCGCUCCGUCAGCAGCUGCGUGAACAGCAGCGGCGUACCUCUGCUCACGACGGACCCUACACGGAUGACGUCACUGGGGGACGGAACAAGAGCCGCAGCCUCGACAACCUGCUCGAUGACGGUGAUCGAGGUCCUCGCGGCGCGCCCCACUCCCGCGCCCACCAACUGGGUCUGUCCGGGUCUCGGCUGAACGAGCGGUAUCACUCCGCCGACGUCAUAUCGGACCCGACCGCCGGAUGGAACAAACAUGGGCUCAGCGAGAGUGCGCUCAACGAAAGAUAUUUCGUUCCCAAGGGCACCCAGGGGUCGGUACCACCAGAGGAGCGGGUCGGGGGUGUUCGUCACGAGGAGCAUUUCGAGAAGAAACAAAAGGACAGACGCCACUCGGCAGAGAGCAGGUACAGGAAACACGAGGCGUACAACAGGGUGGACGAGUUUGGAGACCCCAUCGACGAUGCCUUCGAGGGAGAGUUCCCGCCAUUUGGGGACGACCUGGAUGGCAGUCCGUCUCCCCGCGCUGCAAGGUACGUGAAGUCCCAGAACGCCGGGAAGCGAAGCGGGCAGAGCUCAUCGCGAGCCUACAUCGAGAGCAGGUUGACCGUGGAGAAAGAGUACCAAGUGCGCAGCUCGGCGAUGUCAGACACCAGCGAGGCGCCCUCUCUAGCUUCACACGUCCGCCGCGUGCGUGUGCCGUCUCAGGCGAGCGACAUGGAUCAGUUUGUGGACGCACUAUUCAUCCCCGCUCUGGAGGGGAGCCUGGAUGAGCUCUCGGACGCGCGUUCACUGGCUGCCUCAAUCAAAGGGGGAGGUCGGAGGGCAACGGAAUCGGCCGCUUCGGCUAGAACAGAGGAAGAGGCUGCUGAUGAGGGUGCUGAAGAAGCAGCAAGUGAUGCUGAGUCACAGAUGGAAGAGCUUGAUCUAUCGGUAGAUUUCUUUAGAUGCCGCCGCGACUCACUUCGCCGCCGAGCCGUGGUGACCCAGCAGAAUGUAGAGGAGUAUCUGGAGGAUACCUGUGGUCCUGUCAGCCCCGGUCUGGCCACGCUGACUGAGCCGGUCGCACUCGCCUGUGCCAUCAAAGGCGGCGUGGAGCCAGACAACACGGCCACCAGCCCUCAGCAGCAGGGACAGUUCGUGUUCCAGCCCAUCGCCGGCUCGGGCAUGAUGUCCCCACCGCCCAUGAUGAUGCCAGGAGGAAUGCCCUACUUUUCACCACAAGGGCCCAUGUUCGGGCCCCCUACGUCACCCGAGCUCAACCAAUCAUUCGGCGAGAGAGGUGUGACGUCACCGACGCUCAGCGCCGGCCGAGAGGGGGCCACGUCCCCUGCACAAGUGCAGUAUGUGCCAAUGCCCAUGUAUGGCAUGCAAGGUUUUAGCCUGCCCACCAUGCCUCUAUACGGCACGCCCGGUGUCCCGGCGCCCGACGGAUCCGCUCCGCCGGAUCAGCAGCAACUCGCCUCCUACCAGCGCAUGUUCAUGCAGUCGGCCCUGGCGCAGAACAUGCAGAUUCAGCAGCAGUUGUUCAGUCAGAACCAGGCGCUGGCGCAGCUGCUGCAGGCCUCCACCGCUCCUCAGGACACCCCAACAUCCCAGGGACGCCGUCCGGACUCUGCCGGAGCAGCCCGUGAGCCUGGCAGCGAGACCUCCCCUACAGCUGCCAACAACGAGCGAAAACGGAGCACCACUUCUCAGGAGAGACCGUCGGGCAUCCCUCCUGCGCCGCCCAUGGCCAUGACCCCCGAGGAGAUGGCUGCCUUCAUGGAUCCCUCCUACACGCGCGCACGCACCGUCCGCAUUGGCAAGUGGCGCUGGCCACCGCCCAAAGGCGAGGCUGGUGCCGCCGCUGACUUCCUGCAGUUUAAACUGCAGGCCCAGCAGAGGAAACUGAGCAGUGGUCAGAAGUCGGGCAGCCGCCCAGCCACCGAUACGAGUUUCGAGGGAGUUGAGUGGGACGAGUUUGAGAUGGAGACCUCGGACGCCGCCCGGGCGCCCUCGACGCCUGAAAAUCUCAAUAAGUCACGCGAAUCGGCCAAGUCAGUUGACCGCGAGCUGAACAAGCAGCCAAAAGAAAAGUCUGAGGCUGCUGUGAAACUUUCCUCGUCGGCUCCUAACUCAAUUAGCAAACUGAAGAUAUCGUCGGCACUCAAAAUGAAACUGGAAGCCGUCACAUCCAAACACACCGAACGGACUAACGGUAGCACCGACUCCAAGGACACGCCCGAUGGAGGGCGCCAGAAGGUGGUGCCCAAGAAGCUGGACAUGUCCAGAAGGCUACUGCUUCAGCAGCAGCUUGGAUCAGCGCAGCCAGCUGAGAAGGUGACGUCGCCUCGGGCUGCCGAAGACCGCUCAUCUCGGCCAGGGGUACCGCCUCCGCCGCCACCCAUCGGUCCUCUACAGGUCACCAUACCACCACACCGGACUGCUUCAGCGGGAGACAGCAGCUCGUCAGAGAGCUCUCCGGUGAUCGCGGACCGCCGCUCGCCGCCGCGGCCGAUCCAGCCGAUCCGCGGUGACCGCCGUCACCAGAGACCCAGCCGAAUCGAGCCAGAUCGACGGAGCAACGCAUCAGAGACAACGCACGUCACCGAAAAAACGGAAAAAUAUGAGCUGGAGGAAUCGGAGGGUUUCCUCCGGCCAGUCGACUCCUACCGCCAGCUGGCCAUCAGCAGAGAUCUGGAGUCGGUUCGGACCCUGGAGGCGGCCAAAACACGUCUGUUCCCACCCAGUGACGCGCCGUUCGUCACCUACAACCGGGUCAGCUGGAAGCUGGACGUGCGGAAGGAGGUGUUCUCGCCUACGGAAGACGUCACCAACGCCACGGCCCUGCACCUGGUGUUCUGUCAGAUCGUACAGGAUGUCUUCAACCCGGCCUGUAUCCGAAUCAGUCACGCCGAGAGGGCCGAGGCGAAACAGAAACUGGACGAUCUGGGCGUCACCUCUGCCAACAUGCAGGCCACCCAGCUGAAGCUGUCGGUGAAGCGGCAGGUCUUGGAGCUGGCCAGGCAGUGGCCAACAUACUUCUGCAUGCUUUUCCCCGUCUCGGGAGGUCGUAACAACCCUCUGGUCCAGUUCCUGGGAGUUUCUCACUCCGGAGUUCGACUGCUGCGACGGGAGAAGGCGGUACCCAACGACUUCCUCAAGGUCAUCGAUCACGUCCCAUUCGACGAGAUCGGCUCUGUCACCGAACACCGGGGCUCCUCCGUCCAGCUUGUGCUGAAGAACGGGGCUCGUCAGGCCUUCCACACGUCCAAGGCCAGCACUCUGACCGACAUGCUGGAGCGCUUCGUGGCCGAGAGCCAGUCGGGCUCGCACGAGUACGUCCGAGCGACCGCUGACUACACCAGCCACGAUCCGUCUCUGCUCAGUUUUAUGAAGGGAGACCUCAUCAGAGUCAUCAAGAAGAGCCAACCGACCGAGAAAGGCUGGCUGUUUGGCUUGCUGGACGGCCGCCGGGGCACCUUCCCAGCCCAGUUCGUCACACCGGUCGGCAAAAACUCGUCCCGGUCACAGAGCAAGAUUUCCAUCACCAACGGCAGCAACCCGGUGCUGGCGGCGGCGGCGGGGUCUCCAGUACCGACUGACGCCUGGUCCACCCGACCCCCGGACGACCCGCGUUUGGAGGUCGAAUCGGACAGUGAUCUUUCCACACACAGCCCCGCCGGCGGUGACGCGUCCAAUGAGGGGCUGGCCGCGGGGCAUAAACCGACACAGGAUGAUGGGAAGCAUUCGCUGCUGCAGUACGCCAUGCUGCACUUCCGGGAUGCCGAGGAAAAAUAUAACAUGCUACGUGAAGAGGGCGGUGCCACCGGCUCCAUCAAAUUCGAGAAGAAAAAGGGCAAGAAAAAGGGCAAAGAAGACUGGACGUGGCGGGAACAGGUGGAGAUGGUCAAGUGGUCCGACCAGCCACUCCAGGCCUCUCUGCUGAAACUGGAGUCGGCAGAGAGAGCGGGAUCGCACGGGAAGGCAGAGUCAGGGGAGCUGAACCGACAGGCCCUCGACUGUUUCCUGUCGAUACAGCGGUACAUGGGAGACCAGCCCAUGGCCAAGGAUAUGGCAGAGGUGGACUGCGUCUACACGAUUUUGAUGGCCUGCCACCGCGCCGUACCACUACGAGAUGAAGUGUACUGCCAACUAAUGCGACAGACUACCAGCAACAAAUCCACCCAUCCCGACUCAUGUCAGCGAGGCUGGAGGCUGUUCAGUAUCGUGGCGGCGUACUUCUCGUGUUCGGAUGGACUGAGGCCGUACCUGUUCAAGUAUCUGGAGACGGCUGCGUAUGACAAGCGACGCGCCUAUCAUGGCACGGCCAUGGUCUGCCUCCAGAACCUCCGCAAGACGUUCCGUUUCGGCGGACGAAAGAACGUCCCUAGCAUUGAGGAGAUCACGGCCAUCACGGCCGGGAGAAACUCGAAGCGUCAGAUCUACCGCCUUCCGGGAGGCACCGAGCGCGUCAUCAACACGAGGAGCACCAGCGUGGUGCAGGACAUCAUUGAGGACAUCUGUUCAGUGAUCAAGAUCCGCACCCGAGAGGAGAUGGACGAAUUCAGCUUGUACUGCAUCGUCGAGGGCGACACGUUCACCAUGCCGCUGGCUAGAGAGGAAUACAUCCUGGAUGUCACUACCGAGCUGCAAAAGAACGAACAGAUCUUCUACCUGAUCUUCUGUCGCUCGGUGUGGUACUUCCCACUGCGACUCGAGUCUCAUCUCUACGUGGAGGUGGUCUUCAACCAGAUCGCACCCGACUAUCUGGAGGGCCUACUGCUCGUCAUGCCCGGAGAAACGCUCCAUGAGGAGGUGGUGUACGACAUCUCGCGCGUGGCUGCGCUGCUGCACCGUGCCGCCGACAUGAGUGCGGUACCCACCAUGAAGGAGACAAAGUACCUGCUGCCCAAGGCGGCACUGAUGGUGCGAGACAUCAAGCCACCUCAGUGGGUGAACAUGGUACAGGAUAGCUGGUCCGAGGUGCAUGACAAGACGCCCAUGGAGGCCAAGGCCGCCGUGCUUGAAAUUCUGGAGCGCUGGCCCCUGUUCGGCUCCUCAUUCUUCGCCGUGAGCCGAGUGACGGAGAGCAGAGAGGCCGUGGAUCACAUCCUGGCCCUCAACCGAGGCGGUGUGCACUUCCUGGAUAGCGUCACUCAUGAGACUCUCGCCCGCUACCCCUUCUCCGAGGUCAUCUCUACAAGAAAGGUCAAGACGGAGGAGGGCACCCUCUUCUUGGACAUGAAGUACGGCAACCUGAUGCAGCAGAAAGUGGUCAGCAUCCAGUCUGACAACGCUCAUGAGAUAUCCCGUCUGAUUCGCCAGUACAUCAGUAUCGAGCAGAAACAUCAGCCCUCGCAGAGAGGUGCUGAAGAGGCCAGAGAAGGCCAGGCUUCGAGGUAGCCAAUCAGAGAGAAGGACCAACGGGCUCCACCAAUCAGCGUCGAAGAUUGAACGAUGAGACGAGAGAGGAAAAGUAUAGGCGAGUCAACGUCUCAGUGUAUCAAUUGGAAUACGUUCCCAACAUUCCUGAAAGAUUGGAGAAUAUCUGAAAACAUUCCGUCCAUACUGACCGGGUGAAAUGGUGUGCAAAACGCCACGAACUAAAGAUAGAGGAAUGCUUGUGUGUGGCGAUGAGUGUUGGAAUGAAUCAAAAUGAGUUCGGAACAGCGGGCGCCAGCGUACGGACUUUGCGGUGCGGUGUCUUGUUUGGAAAGAUGUCGAAUAUGUGCUCAAUGACUCCAGAUCUGUGUAGAUCUGGUGUGCUAUUUCAUGCAAACUGGGCGCGGUGUUAUAUUUUCGUCUGGGAGGAUUUGUAGUGGUUUAUACGACGCAGGAUAUUUAUACCACGCAGCUUGGAUUUUAUGAGGAAUCGACAAGAUUUUGCUAUAUAUUUUGUGUACAUACCGAGAGAAUAGUUUCCCAAAAUUUUAUGGUGGAUGCUCUCAGCUACCCCUGUCCAUUGCAUGUUUUUGUUUUGAAGAUCUGAGUAGUUUUAGUGUUAAGGGCCAUCACCAAUAAACGCCUACUUUCACCGA